CCGGGCGGUGACUUUCCCCUCCCCGCCCCCGCCCCUCCCGGUCUGGCGGCGGCGGUGGCCACGGUGGCGGCGGCGACUCCUCCCGCUGGGGGGCGCGGCGGCGGGGGCCAUGGCGGCGACCGCUGCGAACCCUGAGAUGGCAUCAGAUGUUUCAUCGUUGAGUGCAGCCAUUGUGUCUGGAAACCCCGGUCCUGGGGUUCAGGGUGGGGGAGCCAUCACUCAGAGGACUAUUAAACGUCGUCCAGGGCUUGAUUUUGAUGAUGAUGGUGAAGGAAACAGUAAAUUUUUGAGAUGUGAUGAUGAUCAGAUGCCUAAUGAUAAAGAGCGGUUUGCCAGGUCGGAUGAUGAGCAGAGUUCAGCGGAUAAAGAGAGACUUGCCAGGGAAAAUCAUAGUGAAAUUGAACGUAGACGACGGAAUAAGAUGACGGCUUACAUCACAGAGCUAUCAGACAUGGUGCCCACCUGCAGUGCCUUGGCUCGAAAACCAGACAAAUUGACCAUCUUACGCAUGGCUGUAUCUCACAUGAAAUCCCUGAGAGGAACUGGCAACACUUCUACUGAUGGCACCUAUAAGCCAUCCUUCCUCACUGACCAGGAGCUGAAACACUUAAUACUAGAGGCAGCAGACGGUUUUCUGUUCAUUGUGUCGUGUGAGACAGGCCGAGUUGUAUAUGUCUCUGACUCAGUGACCCCUGUCUUGAACCAACCACAGUCUGAAUGGUUUGGCAGCACGCUUUAUGACCAGGUGCACCCUGAUGAUGUGGAUAAGCUCCGGGAGCAGCUCUCUACCUCCGAAAAUGCUUUGACUGGUCGUAUUUUGGACCUGAAGACAGGGACAGUAAAGAAGGAGGGUCAGCAGUCUUCCAUGAGGAUGUGUAUGGGUUCAAGGAGGUCAUUUAUCUGCCGGAUGAGGUGUGGUAAUAGUUCUGUGGAUCCAGGUUCCAUGAACAGAUUGAGCUUUGUGAGGAACAGGUGCAGGAAUGGUCUUGGCUCUGUGAAGGAAGGGGAGCCUCACUUUGUGGUAGUCCACUGCACAGGCUACAUCAAGGCCUGGCCCCCAGCAGGUGUUUCACUUCCAGAUGAUGACCCAGAGGCCAGCCAGGGAAGCAAGUUCUGUCUUGUGGCCAUAGGCAGAUUGCAGGUAACCAGUUCUCCCAACUGCACAGACAUGAGCAAUGUCUGCCAGCCAACAGAAUUCAUCUCCCGUCACAACACUGAGGGUAUUUUUACUUUUGUGGACCAUCGCUGCAUAGCUACUGUGGGCUACCAGCCACAGGAGCUAUUGGGAAAGGAUAUUGUGGAAUUCUGCCAUCAUGAAGACCAGCAGCUCCUAAGAGACAGUUUCCAACAGGUGGUGAAAUUAAAAGGCCAGGUUCUGUCUGUCAUGUUCCGGUUCCGGUCCAAGAACCAUGAGUGGCUCUGGAUGAGAACCAGCUCCUUUACCUUCCAGAACCCCUACUCAGAUGAGAUUGAGUACAUCAUCUGUACCAACACCAGCGUGAAGAACUCCAACCAAGAGCAACGUCCCACAUUGUCCAACUCAAUCCAAAGGCCACAGCUGGGCCCUGCCGCUAAUCUGCCCCUGGAGAUGGGUUCUGGGCAGCUGGCACCUAGGCAGCAACAGCAAACAGAGCUUGAUGUGGUGACAGGAAGAGAGGGAUUGGCCAGCUAUAAUCAUUCACAGGUCUCAGUCCAGCCUGGGACAGCCACAGGCCCAGAGCACAGCAAGUCCCUGGAGAAGUCAGAUGGCCUUUUUGGUCAGGACAGAGACCCAAGGUUUGCUGAGAUCUACCCCAACAUUAGUGCAGAUCAGAAUAAAGGCAUCACUAGCAGCACUGUCCCAGCCAGUCAGCAGCUGUUCUCCCAGGGUAACACAUUCCCACCAGUCCCCAGAUCAACAGAGAACUUCAGAAACAGCAGUCUGGUUCCUCCUGGGACCAUUGUCCAACCACCAGCUUCUGCAGGGCAAAUGCUGGCCCAGAUCUCCCGCCACUCCAACCCUCCACAGGGCACAGCUCCUGCCUGGAACCCCAGCACCCGUCCUGGCUUCGUUGCCCAGCAGGUGGCCCCCCCACCAGCAUCCAAGACCCGGUCCCCUCAGUUUGCUGUCAGCAACUUCCAGACGCCAUCUUCCUUCAGCCCCAUGUCUCUGGCAGGGACCCCCAGUGCAUCGUCAGGUGCUGCUGCCUACCCCAGCCUCACCAGUCGGGCCUCCAGCUUUGCUACUGAGACUGGACAGCCCUCGGGGCAGUUUCAGGCCCGCACAGCAGAGGGAGUGAGUGUGUGGCCACAGUGGCCACAGGGGCAGCAGACCCACCACCGAUCUGGCUCUGGGGAUCAGCAUGUGCAGCCACCACCACAGCAGCCCAGCCAGCCUGAAGUCUUCCAGGAGAUGUUGUCUAUGUUGGGAGACCAGGGUAACACCUAUAACAAUGAAGAAUUUCCUGAUUUAACCAUUUUUCCUUCUUUUUCAGAAUAGAACUGUUGGGGUGAGGAUUAGGGGGUGGGGAGAGAAAUCACUUUUUGUUUUAUAAAAACAAAUCUUUCUGUAAACAGAAUAAAGAUCCUCUCCCUUCCCCUCCCUCACCCCCAAAAUCCACCUCAUGUUCCCCUUUGUUCCCCAUUUCCACUGUCUUCCCUCUCCCUCCAGGUAGAAUGGUCACAAUCAAUGGAAUGGAUUUUCAGGGCUCUUGAGAACCUUUGAAAAUUGAGGCCAGACAAACUGGGGGAUUUUCUCCCUAUUUCUCCUGACAAGAGUUUUGUGCAGAGAUGAAGCUUGGAGCAUUACAGGCUGGAGACCUCCAAGUCCAACUGUAGACCUCUGGACACAGAGACCUCCAAGUCCAACUACAAAGUGAUAAUCAUCUUGGAUGCAGAGACUUUUUUAAAUAAACUCUGAAUUGGACCAGGAUAGGGGUGGGGAAAAGGAGAAGUACCUCUGUGUAUAAGGCCCAAGAAAGAGUGGGCAUGUGGUUUUAGGAAUGGACACAGGUAGUUUCUACUGUGUGAAUAAUUCCUCCAGAAACAAAGCUUGUGAGAGGGAGAGGGAGAGAGAGGGAGAGGGAGGGAGAGAGAGAGAGAGAGAGAAUGAGAGAGAGAGAGAGACUGAGAGAAUGAGAGAAUGAGAGAGAGAGAGACAGAGAGAAUGAGAGAGAGAGAGAGAGAAUGUUGUUUCAAAAUAAGUCCUAAAGUGUUAAUUCCAGGUAUUUCUGCUCCAUAUUGCAGCCAAAGUGUAUUUAGAUUAACUUCUUUGCUGUGUUCACAUCUAUGCCCAGCCAGUAUGAGCAAUUUUGUAGAGUGUUUUGUGUGGGCACCUUUCUCAUUGAACAUCACUAGUGACAAAAUUGGGUCAUUCUCACUGUUGGUGCUCCUCGUUUGGAGAGAACUUCAAGACAUUAUGGAAAAUGGGCUCAGGUGCUAAACUUUUUUUUUUUUUAAGAUACCCUAGACUCAUGGUCACAAGGACUACAAUGUGUUUUCUGUCAAAAUUAUACACUGUACCAGCACUAUAAAGAAAAUAACCACAUGGAAACUCAACUUCUUGGUUUGACAGCCCAAGUAAGAGUCCCUUAUCUAUACUGGGCUUUGCACUUUGAUAAAAAACUUCAUCUCAAAAAUAAGUUGUUUUCAUCCCAACACCCCCGCCAGAACAGAAAAAAGUGACAUUUUUCCUUGUUACUAGCACACAGAUGGAAAAUGGGUCUAUAAUGGGUAGGAACCCAUAUCAAAUAAGGCUUCUUCACAAUUAAUGGAGCCAUCUGGUUGAGGAUAUAGGGCUACUACUUUGGCUUUUUAGCCUUAGGCAACAAAUGGUGAAGUGACAUCAGUGUUCUUUUCUAUUGCUCAUGCCAGUUUUUAAUUAUGAGGCUGAGUUACUAAGGGCAAGAUGUUUUUAAUGUAGUUAGAGGUGUCUUGAAAACAGAGAUGACCUAGGGGAGGGUGAGAGGGAAUGUCAUAUUGACUUGGCCUCUCUUCUCCCCUUCCCUUCACCCUAGUACCAGACUGAAAAAGGACAGGGAGAAGGUGAUAGUUUAUUUUUUAAAAAUCUUAUGUGCGCACACACCCACACACUAUACAUACAUUAUAUAUAUAUAUAUAUAUAUAUAUUUAUAUCACAAUUUAAGAAGCCAAAAAGUUGAGUUUCCAUUUGAAUCUGUCUUUUGAUAAUCAAUUAUUUUUAAAUGUGAUUAGGACUAUAAUAUUGUACAGUUAUUGUAGGGUGUUGGGAGGGAGGGGGGAAAAAAGCUCUGGGGUUUUUUGUUCCUGCUUUUCCUUCAGGGUUUUAUUUUCAAUUGUGUUUAUUUUUUCUUGUUGGCCAUCCUUUGUUACUUGGCCUGUGUGUCAAGUCUCAUGAUGGCACAAAUGAUGUCAUUAUGUAGCAGAGAUUUUAAAGCAAAGAUAUUUUUUUCCUUUUUAAAAA